AUUUCUGGAUGAGAUAACAUUUCUGGAUGAGAUAACAUUUCUGGAUGAGAUAACAUUUCUUGAUGAGAUAACCUUGCUGUUUUUCUGGUCAAAAGAAUUUCUCGCGGCUCUAGUUGGAAGACAGGCCAGGGGGAGGGGUUUCAGCACGCUAGUGACGUCAUCAGCUACCAAGCAAUUAAGAGUUGACCUAGAGCCAAUAGAACAAGGACCCCCCCCCUUGUCUAAUUGCUAUGUAAUUAACUUGUGGCCAUGUCAAAGCUGGGCCGCGAGGGUUCGGCUGAGAGGCUGAGGAGGGGCCAGUCCCAGGACGCGUUCAGCACCGUCCACUCCUCCCACCCCCGCGCCAACUUUCUUAGCCCCGACCCCGUGCUGGCGAGCUUGGAGAGAGCGCCCAGCCUGAGUCGUCUGCACGCGCAGAGUUCCACAGAGACAAGCGGGCUGGGCGAGACGGUCACUUCCGGUUUCUCUAGUCAGGAGAGCGUCCACAGUCACUUCGGAGAUGACAGAGGGGCAAAUCUGUGGGAGCGCUCGAGAAGAAGAGGCGGCAACAGUCCGGGUGGGGGCCGGGGGGACGGACUCGCCAGUUUAGCCAAGCGCCAGAACCCGGCGGUGCCAAACACUUACCUGACGCUCGAGGCCGGUCCUCAGGUGAGCCCACCUGUGGAACACCUGCCACCUGUGGAACACCUGGCACCUGACAGCGACAGGUCCACCAGCCGUCGAGCCCGGGACUCAGGAGGGAGAAGUCUGACGCCACAGCAGGCGAGAGAGGAGCUGCAGGAAAGACAGAGGCGUCAGCAGCAGCGGCACAGGCGCUCACCUCGACGCCCCGAACCCCCAGAGAGGAAAGAGGAAAGCCGCGUUAGGCCCUCGUCUGCGGGGAGCUAUGCAGAGGCGGACCCCAGGAGAAGGUUACGUUCUUCGAGUGGCAGCAGAGAAAGCAGCACAGCCGAGGCGGAUAAAGAAUACGACAGAUCAUUCGUUGUUGUGGGGCGUGCUAAGACAAACAGCAAAGUGGGCGCUGUACCCCACUCUUCUGUUCGCCUCGACUCUCGAACUAACAGCAAAGAGGGCGCUGUACCCCACUCUUCUGCUCGCCUCGACUCUCGAACUAACAGCAAAGAGGGCGCUGUACCCCACUCUUCUGCUCGCCUCGACUCUCGAACUAACAGCAAAGAGGGCGCUGUACCGCACUCUUCUGCUCGUCUCGACUCUCGAACUAACAGCAAAGAGGGCGCUGUACCCCACUCUUCUGCUCGCCUCGACUCUCGAACUAACAGCAAAGAGGGCGCUGUACCCCACUCUUCUGCUCGUCUCGACUCUCGAACUAACAGCAAAGAGGGCGCUGUACCCCACUCUUCUGCUCGCCUCGACUCUCGAACUAACAGCAAAGAGGGCGCUGUACCCCACUCUUCUGCUCGUCUCGACUCUCGAACUAACAGCAAAGAGGGCGCUGUACCCCACUCUUCUGCUCGCCUCGACUCUCGAACUAACAGCAAAGAGGGCGCUGUACCCCACUCUUCUGCUCGCCUCGACUCUCGAACUAACAGCAAAGAGGGCGCUGUACCCCACUCUUCUGCUCGCCUCGACUCUCGAACUAACAGCAAAGAGGGCGCUGCCACAAAUUUUGUGUCGAGUUCACGGUCCAACCUAAACGCCCCUCGAGCUAGCAGCAAAGAGCGCACAUCGAGUCAGACGAGCAGCGCGCCAGCUGCUCACACCAAGCUGAGUGGGAGCAGGGACAGCAUCGACGGCAUCAGUAGCAGAGACAGUGUGUUCCAGACGGACGGAGCUAUCGCUGUAAGCUCAGAGCUAAGUGUCCGCAGGUCACGUGACCUGUCCAGCAACUCGCGGACCAACUCGGACGAGUACCACGAGUCGGGGAGCUCGAAGAAAAGUUUCGAGACCGUGAGACUCAAGAGUCAGUCUCAGGACUCGAGACUCAAGAGUCAGUCUCAGGACUCGAGACUCAACUCUGACUCUGAGCCGACCACCAAGGCCCGAGGGGGGAGCCCUAAGCCCAGACCCGUGCUAGAGCCAAGCAGCCAGCUCAACAUCGACACUAGAAAGAGGCUGCAGCCCACUCAAGGUGAAGGUCGCUCUGAAGCUCAGCGAAGAUCCAGAACAGAUUUCAUUGAGAAUUCCCGGAAAAUUGUGGUCGAGCAUCCAAGACAAUCAGUGGAGGCCGGGGAGAGGCCCGGGGGUGAGAGCCAGACACAGGCUAGGCGUGGCGGUGACUCACACGGUUCAGGUAUUGAACGCAACGACAGUAGAUACGAAACUAGGUCAAGCCAUUCAAGAGCAGGUCAGGCGAGGCUAGGCGAGGCGAGGGCAGGGGAGGCGAGGGCAGGCAGUGAGCCGGCUCAACGUCCUGGGGACAUCAGACGGACCAGGGAUGGACGAGAUAGGGUAGACGAGGUGGGUGCCCAGAGGCAGCAACGUCAGACCGACGGCCUGGAGGGGCGUCACGCAACAUCGAGGGACCCGAGGAGGGAGUCAGCGGGUGCUAGACGCAGACCUUCUGAGGACGAUAAGUUUUCUGUUUACGACGCCGAAAGUGUGACGCCACGGGCAGGGCCAGGCAACAUGGAUUAUGAUCGUUUAUUUCACCAAGCCAGCAGAGGAGUGAACGGCGUGGCGGGGGGAGGUUAUCCACCAGCGCUUGACGGAGGCUACACGUCACACUCUACUAGGCGAGCUGGCGUUGGAAAUCACGUGCAGCCGCUCCCACGUGACCGACCCGGGGCAGGGGGAGAACAGGCAGCCUCGCGGAGUGCGCCUUACACCAAAUUCCAAGUGCCGACUACACCCAUGGGCCCGAUCCCCACCGUACAGCUGAUGACGUCACCGGACGGUCCGGGCCUGAACCUGGACAGUAUCCACAAGGAGUGGGAGAGAAGGGGCAGCAAAAGUUCCAACAGGAGUCACAACUCCAACAGGAGCUCCGGCACCAAGUUUCUGGGCGUCAGCACCGAGUCGGCCUGGACCAGGUGGUCACGUGAUCGCCGGGCCAGCUACCGACGCCGCAUAGAAAAGAUGGAGCGCAUCGGCGCGGGGACGGACACGGCCGAGCCCGACACGGAAGUUGUUCGCGUGUCAACGCCCGUCAAGAAAGCCCGCCAGGAGGGCUUGAAGUUCGUCCACCCUGACCUAGAGGCAAGGUACCUGUCUGAAGACGACCUCAAGGAGCUGAGGCGCCACAAGCAGCAGCAGGUGCACGCCAUGAGGGUCAUCGAGAGGAGCCGCAAGAACAAGUUCGGGCUGAAAGCUCAGGUCAAACUGACGGCGGAACAAUGGCACACUCUCCAGGAGUUCUGGGAGCACUUCCUGUUUGUGCGGGCCCGAUUCUUUGGCUUGUUCGUCAGUCUGUUGGCCCUCGUCUUCAUGGCCGUCAGCAUCGCCAGCCCACAGUGGAUCAGCCGCAAUGCUUGGAACCUGACUAUCGUUGAAGGACUCUGGUUAAACUGCUCACAUUCUGACGUCAUAGCUAAUGCCGUUGAUGAAUGCAAAUUAAUUACAGGCAGAGACUGGCAAAAUGUCGUCAUUGGGUUAAUGAUAUUUGCGGCCACCUUUGGCUUGCUAGCUGCGGUACUUGCAAUCUGCGGUGUCUGCACUAACCCUUUACCCAGAAAAAUUUAUUACUUCCAUUCUGCUGGGGAAAUAUUUCUCAUAUCUGCACUUAGUGCCAGUGUUGCCUUACUCGUCUUCCCCAUCGCCGUGGAGACGGACAGCAGCAUCAGGGCGCACCACUACGGGCUGGGGUACGGCCUGGGCUGGGGCGGCGCCCUCUUCCUCCUGGCCGCGGCCGUCUGCAUGAGUUUAGACGAUCUAGUUCGAGAAUCUUCUAGAGCCAAGUGUUGCCGCUGGUGCUGGAAGUCUAAGCCCACCGACCGCAACCAGUUGAGACAAGUGUGACGUCAUCCAGUUGAGACAAGUGUGACGUCAUCCAGUUGAGACAAGUGUGACGGCAACCAGUUGAGACAAGUGUGACCGCAACCAGUUGAGACAAGUGUGACCGCAACCAGUUGAGACAAGUGUGACGUCAUCCAGUUGAGACAAGUGUGACGUCAUCCAGUUGAGACAAGUGUGACGGCAACCAGUUGAGGCACAUGACGUCAUCAGCACCACAUCCAUCACAUGACGUCAAGGUCACAUGACGUCAUCAGCACGACAUCCGUCACAUGACGCCAAGGUCACAUGACGUCAUCAGCACGACAUCCGUCACAUGACGUCAAGGUCACAUGACCUCACCAGCACGACAUCCGUCACAUGACGUCAAGGUCACAUGACCUCAUCAGCACGACAUCCGUCACAUGACGUCAAGGUCACAUGACGUCAUCAGCACGACAUCCGUCACAUGACGUCAAGGUCACAUGACGUCAUCAGCACGACAUCCGUCACAUGACGUCAAGGUCACAUGACGUCAUCAGCACGACAUCCGUCACAUGACCUCGUCCACUCUCAAAUCAGUGCCAUGCCUUUUCGGGUCUAGUCGACCAUGUCAGAUGUCAGGACUGACUCAUGUCAGAUGUCAGGACUGACCCAUGUCAGAUGUCAGGACUGACCCAUGUCAGAUGUCAGGACUGACCCAUGUUAGAUGUCAGGACUGACCCAUGUCAAAUGUCAGGACUGACCCAUGUCAGAUGUCAGGACUGACCCAUGUCAGAUGUCAGCGCUGACCCAUGUCAAAUGUCAGGACUGACCCAUGUCAGAUGUCAGGACUGACAAGCAACGUACUUGAGCCGCAUAUAAGUCUUCCAUUUGCAUUAUUCACUGUCCCCUGUGCCAAUGUCCUCAUGUGCUAAUGUCCUCAUGUGCUAAUGUCCUCUAUGUUGACAAAUGCGCCUUGGUUGAUUCAUGGCUACAACCCAA